AAAGUUUAGCAGGUUUGCUUAUACUGAUAGCACGCAAUCGCUGUAUUUUACUGCUGUGCUUUUACCAUGUGACCGCAAAACACCUUUAUACCGGGUAUAAAGUCCUGUGUGGCAAGUUAUAAAAAACUCGUCUUUUUUCAGUUUCUACUAGUUGAGACUGGAGACAUCUACCACCACUGUCUUUGCAAGUUAUAAAAACCUGGUCUUUUUUUCAGUUUCUACUAGUUGAGACUGGAGACAUCUACCACCAUGUUCUUUGCAAGUUAUAAAAACCUGGUCUUUUUUUUUCUGUUUCUACUAGUUGAGAUCUAAGACCUCUACCUAUUUCACGUACAGUUUGGAAUCGAGCGCAGAAACACACAGGAGCAUGGACAGUGCGGUGCACGACAAUGUUAAGAAAUACUACGGAAAACGUUUGCAAAAGUCUGAAGACCUGCAAAGCAAUGCUUCGUGUAGCAGAGGCUGCCGGCCCAUGCCUGACAGUGCCAGAGAGGCUCUGAACCUGGUCCAUCCCGAUGUCUGUGCACGGUAUUUCGGCUGUGGGCUGGUGGUCCCGGAGAGUCUGGAGGGCUGUAAGGUCCUGGAUUUGGGCAGCGGCUCUGGACGAGACUGCUACAUCCUCAGCAAACUGGUGGGGCAGACUGGCCAUGUGACCGGAGUGGACAUGACCUCUGAAAUGAUCUUGACUUCACGCAAAUAUCUCCAGUACCACCAGGAAAAAUUUGGAUAUGAGAAAGCGAAUACUGACUUUGUUCAAGGCUAUCUGGAGAGUCUGGGAGAGGCUGGCAUCCAGAGUGACUGCUGUGAUGUCCUGAUCUCAAACUGUGUAAUAUGUCUGUGUCCUGACAAGAGGGCAGUCCUUCAGGAAGCACAUCGGAUUCUCAAGGAUGGUGGAGAAUUUUAUUUCAGCGACAUGUAUGCCAGCAAGGCUGUACCUGAAAGUUUAAAACAGGAUCCAGUUGUGUGGGGAGAGGGGAUGGGAGGAGCUCUCUACUGGAAGGAUUUGAUUUCUGUGGUGAAGGAGCUGGGGUUCAGCACACCAUACCUGGUUACUGCAAGCAAGAUCUUGGUCCACAACUCUGAAAUUCUGAAAAAAACAGGGGAUAUCGCUUACGCUUCUGGGACGUACCGUUUCUUCAAAUUGCCCAAAAGCAGAACUAACAAGAAAGCAGUGGUGACUUACAGAGGAACGAUCCCUGACUAUGCAGAACAGCUGGACUUCGACGUCCUUCACGUGUUUAAAAAAGGUGAAGCUGUGUCAGUCGAUGCAGAGAUGGCUGCUGUUCUGCAAUUCUCUCGGUUUGCUCCUCAUUUCACUGUUCAGAGCUCUGAUAACACAAGUGCUAGUGAGGGGGAGACUCAGCAGUAUUGCCACCUCAACCCCUUCCUCCUUGCUGAUAGGCUGGGCACAUCAGUACAGAAGAGUUCCAAACCCGGGCCGUGUGACAAGAAGGAAGGGGCGGGCGCUCCCUGAGAAGCACCGAACACAGAGAGGCCCCUGACAUCACUUCACACUACAUGUCCUGCGCCUGUUUUAAAGCCCACGGUUCACAAGCAUUGUACUGUAAAUUGCAUUCCUGAUUUGGCUCAUUGAUUUGUACCACUGCUGUGUUACUGAAGAGGUGUUCUUACACAACCCUAACUGAAAACACAAUGGGGAGCAAGUUUAAUAUCUACAAACACGACACCGUGGUCUGUAUCCACGCAGCACUGGCGUGUCUCAGGGGCUGAUGUGAUUCACCUGCACUCUGCUCCUUCUCUAAACUCAAGUGAAAAACAGCAGCCAGCAGAGUCCUACAAAAGUGAAGCGCUUUCCCACGUGACACGCUAGACUGCUUGCACACGUUUGUUUCUAGAAUAGUAAUACUGCUAAUAAUAUAUCCAGCAUGCUGUGGCUCCUAUAGAAGGUAAUGAAUUAGUGCAGCAGGAAGGAUAAUUUAGGAACUAUAUAACAGUAGAUAACCGUGUAUAGAACACCGACCCCAGACACAGUCUGAGCACCUCGGUGGGUAGUCUGGUGACACACUGUGGGUGUAAUGUGUAAAAUAUUGAGAUGUACAAUAUACACCCUUUGCUUUAACGA